CUCUCUCUCUAACCUGGUAUACGUAAAGGAGAGGAGGCAGACCUGUCAAAAUUUUUCUCUUUUUUUUAAAAGUAAUAUAGAGUUUAGCACUCGCCACAGUCAUCGUCUGUACAUUCGGCGACAGCGGAAUUGGAAUGGAGCUCGCGAUGUUCGCCGGACUGGGCCUCCGCUCGUAGGAUACAGUUCCAGCCUGCACGAUUCGCGCCGCCCCUCUACCAAGCGGGCUUUGAAUUUCCAGCGCUUCCACGAACGGAGCGCGGCUUGCAGUGCUUGCACGUUGGCGUGGGCGCUGCGUGAGAGUCGCCCGAGAGAAUUCAACGAUGCGAGAGGAUAAUUAAACGAGGCGUCACUCGCGCUCUCGCCGCUAGCCGUUUCGUAGGGUCCGGUGCGACAACAAGUGCGGCUGGGACUCGCGGUCGAGCUCGCCUGUCAUGGAAAACAAGAGUAGCAACAAUUUCAUUAGUUACGUGGGACUGGAGGACCACGAGCUGCAGACCUUCAGCUCCAGUCGGCGUAAUUCGUUGAUCGAGCACAGCGUAAGAUUAUUGCCGGGGGAGGUUCUUAUCGCCGAGGCGCAAAGUGUCCUUAUGUUCUCGCCCGUCAGCGACCUGAACCAGGGCAUAUCUGGCGUCCUGUCGGUGACCAAUUUCAAGCUCACCUUCGUCACCAGCAGCGACUCCAACAGAGAGAAUGUCACUCGGCAACAAAACCACUUGUACGGAUACACGGACACUUGUUUGACGAAUAUCGACGAGAUUUACGUGACGGUGGGCGACAAGAAGAGAAAGCUAGUCCCCGGCAGUGCGGUACCGUCGAAAGUCAAAGGGAUAUUCAUCAUCUGCAAAAAUCUAAGGACGUGGUCGUUCUCCUUCAAAUUCUCACCUCUCGGGCACGGCAAGAAUCUUCUGACCGCGCUGCUACAUCACGCCUUUCCCAGCAGGCACCAACUGUUGUUCGCCUACGAUUACACAGAGGCCUAUUACAGUAGUCUUGACAAGAAUGUACAACUGUUUCGCGAUAUCGCGGACUGGCAAAACGAAUUGAAAAGAACAUUGCGCAGCGACGAGAUAAGGAAAGGUUGGCGAUUGUCCAUGGUUAACGCCAAAUUUCAGCUCUGUCCGAGUUUAUCGCAAUAUGUAGUGGUACCUGCGUCUGUGACCGACAGUCAGUUGACAGAUGCAGCUAGACAUUUUCAAGGUAAUAGACCGCCAGUAUGGUCCUGGACAAGUGCACACGGUGCGGCAUUAGUAAAAAUGUCUGAAUUAUUACCAACGAUUACAGAGAGGAUGCAGGAGAACAUUAUGUUUGAAAAUGUCCGUAAAAGCCAUCCUCAAAAGAUACCUCCGGUUGUUAUCGAAUUGAAUAAAGAAAUUAAUGUUAAGCUAGUAGCGGCAAGUUUCACUAAAUUCAUUAGCUUGUGCACACCAGAGAACAUCAGGCAGUUCUGGAUUCAAGAUAAUAAUUUUUACUCGCUGUUAGAAAACACAAAGUGGCUUAAAUACAUAUCGUAUUGCUUGCAAAAGACAGUUGAAGUCUGCGACCGCCUUAAUUUAGGAAUUUCCGUCAUCUUACAAGAAGGUGCUGCCAGAGACUUGUGCUGCGUUAUAUCGAGUUUAGCGCAACUGUCGCUGGAUCAUCACUUUCGUACUAUAGCAGGUUUUCAAUCGUUGUUGCAAAAGGAAUGGGUCGCCGGUGGCCAUCCGUUUUGCGAUAGAUUAGGCCACAUCGUGAAAGCCAAUUCGGAAAAGUCCCCGUUGUUCCUCCUGUACCUCGACUGCGUUUGGCAAUUGUGCCACCAGUAUCCAACGGAAUUUGAAUUCACGGAAACGUACCUGACCACGCUGUGGGACGCAGCGCACGUUUCCAUUUUCGACACCUUCAUUUUCAACUGCGAGAGAGAUCGGGCAGUGGCAGCUAUGGAUCCCAACACGCCUCUGGUGCUUCGUAGCGUGUGGGACUGGCGGGAGCAGUUCAACGACCAGGAUAUCUUGCUGUUUUACAAUCCUCUAUUCGUUCCCCGCAGUGCCGACAAGACGGUGAACAGAGCGUCAGUUGUGAGACCUUUGCACGCGAUCUCUAGUCUCGAGCUUUGGACGCAAUGCUACUUCCGUUGGAUACCGACACUCGAGAUUCGUAACGGCGGGCAGAGGCACGUCGAGCUUUACAUUAGGUUACUUCAGAACGACGUAAAUCAACUUGGAAUAAACGACAACCGCGUCUCGCCGGUGGACAAGGUCGGCACCUGCUCUCUUCACACCAACAUCGACAGCUUCUACCCCUUUAGUAACAACAGGUCGGGGAACACCGUCAGUGCGCCGAUCAUGAACAGCUCGAUCCUACUAAGCGAGAGUUUAUUAGACGCGCAAUCACUGAUAACAGCGACUGAUUGACAGAGUGCUGUUUCCACGGCAUUCAAAACGCGUACCUGAUUACACACCUUUUCCGUAGAAGCAACGCUUGGGAGGCUCUUUCGAAAAAGGGUUGUCGAAACGUUUGUAAAGGAAAGGGUAAUUUCCAGGGGCAGGUAUAUACAUACAAGUGUCGGACUCAUCAGUGGCGUUUCCCAGCGCUCGAUGUACUCCUGUAAACUUGUGUCGGAUAAUAGGAGCUUUAAAAUACGCGCCUGCGAGAAAUUCGUCGCGUCAUUGAGAGCAGCUAGGGUUCUUUUUCGCGUGAAACGAUAAAGAUCUUUAUAUGUAUAUCUUGGCGAGUAUUAGAAACGCAGUAAUAGCGAGACGUAGAGGGGAGACGGCGUGAUUUUAAGAUAGGAAGAAAGAAGAAACGUGUACAUAAAUCUCAAUGCGGAUGAAAGGGCGGUGUCUUCGAUUUUGUGUUCGGAGACACCCCCUGCACUGUUAUGAAUCGACAAAGUUUAUAAUUGAACGAAAAGUUUUUCGUUUAAUAUUUCGUAAGCGAAUAUUCAAUGUAUUGAGCGUAAUAUAUAUUUUUUUCAAAUUGA